GAAAGCGCUCCGGGAACGACGCCCGCCCUGGCGAGGCCGCGGAGGUGCUGGCGGCCCCCUGGCCCCUCCUGCUGGCCUUGGCGUGGCCUCCUACCCCUCUUGACACGGCGUUACCUAGAGACAGCACAACACGGCUGCGCCUGACACCCGCUGCCCUCGUCCCAAGGGCCGGCUCCAUCCGGGCGAUGUGGAGCGCCCAGGACACCAGAGAAGCAGCCGAGGAGGAGAAGGAGGAGGAGGAGGAGGGGGAGGGGGAGAAACUGGCUGCUCCGGCAAGGAGGAAACACCAGCUGCCGCUGUCAGCCCAGUCGGCCUUCGGCUAUGUCCCGCCGGGGCGGAGAAAUCCGCCGGAGGUCAGCUAUUUCCACCAGGAGGCCAAGACAGGGAGUGUUUCCACUUAUGAUUCCAUUUUUAAAAGACCAGUGGGUUACAACAAAUAUCUUCACCGAUGUGACAGAGAACAUGCGAAGAACCAAGGUCUUAAUAUAAAUGAUGAGGAAACGGCAAGACCUGUUGCUGUUUUGUCAUCCUCAGAUUAUGGGAGACGCAUAAAAAAGCCCGUAGAGCAGCUGAUCAGAGAUCACACCAGGAUUAAUCAUGUUCAGGCAGAAUUCUACAGGAAAAACGGAAUCACCUGUUUACUGGAAAAACCUUCUCCAAGCCUGGAUCCAUGCUAAAUCUCUUGUAACUGUCAUUGCCAGCAACACUUACGUGGUGUAAAAAGCAAACCAACCAAACAAAAAACCUCACCUCAAGAAAGAAAAUAGUGCUUUUGCCUUUUCCUCUAUUAUUUUAGUUAGUGAGAGUGGUUUGGAAUAAAAAAGGAUGAACUAGCAGCUGUACUUUUCCUCAUGCUAAUUCAAAAUGUAUCCCUUCUUACAGUCUCAUUAAAAUCUUGCAAAGAGCAUCGCAAGAAUUGAAUGUUUUAGGAAGCAGCACUGGAAACAAGGGAUCUGUUGGGUCAACAGCUCUCCCUGUGCUAUUUCAGGCAGUGAUUCUACAUAACUCUGUUCACAUACUUAAUAUAUAAACACGCUUGCUCCUCAAGGUAUCAAUGGUCACUGAUUUCUUAAUCUUCAAAGUGCUGCUAAAAAAUUGCUAAGUGUCAUAUGUGAAACAGCUGAAACAGAGAUUCAACCCAGAUUCUCCAAAAUAUAUAGCCUUAACUAUAGAUGGGCAUGUAAAAAAUGGUCUGACUUUCAGAAGUGCUAAAGAUUUAGCAAUUUCAAUAGACUCCAAGUGGAAGUCAAUCUAAAGGGAACUGCCGAGUGCUUGGCAUUUAUAUAGACACUAAAAUCCAGGGUUAGCUAAUUUCAGGCAUCCAUUUUGCUGACUCAGUUAUACAAAUGGUGUCUGAGGGAUCUGUUCAGCACAGCCACAAGAAAAAUCAUCUUUGGAUCUGUAUCCAAUGCUGAAAAAAAAAAGCCAACUAAGAGAACACACACUAAAUAGUUUUGCAGCAAGGAUGGAAAAAAAAACAAGGAUCAAGCAAUAGUCAUUUAAAAAGCCUAUCUAGAGUAAAUGCCUAAAUCUCCUUAAAUGUUUACUGCUUUGUAUCCUUACCGAAUCCAGUGUU